AUCAAUGAGUCUACCCGGCGAAUGUGUCAGUGCGACUCCACCAACGUCGCGUCGAAUCUGUGGUCUGUCUUCCCUGUUCUGUGACUUUUCCUUUCUUUUCCUACAAAAUUCGUAUUAUAGUCUAUUGAGAAUCAUGUAAGAUUAGAUAUCGAUAUGCCUAGUCAAGAAGACAUGGACCUUUGUACCGACAAGGUACUGUCCAAAGGAAGAAUACUUCAGGAAUUAACCAAAGCUGUCAAAUUGGUUUACGCUCAAAGUUUAUAUGGUACAGUAGUCUUAGAUGGAGAUUCAUGGUUGGUCUACUGGUUAGAUAGGGCUUUACGUCAUGGACUGCGUACAGAAAGACAUGGAUAUUGGGGCACUGCUCGUGAACUUAGUCAUCAGGAUACUGUUGUUGUGAUUCAUGCUCUUCAAAGUGUAUUAACUUCUAUCGGAAAAGGUAGAGCAUGGCUUUACCAUACUCUUAGCGAAGGCAGCUUUGAAAGUUAUUUAGCCUGCUUAUUACGAGAUACGAAAACAUUAAAGAAACAAUAUUUUCCACAUGCACUUGUACGAGAUGCAGAUAAAACUAACCAAUUAGUUAAUCUUCUUGCUGGUUUAGAAAAUGUAUCUUUUACAUUGCAACUGGAUGUCACAUACCUUGAUAUUUGCAAUUACAUGCCUCAAAGGCCUAUGAGUGUGAAUCCUUCUGGAACUAUAUUAUCAUUACAUCUCAGAUCAUCCAGUGUUUCUUCGAGUUUAGCUUCUCCUGGUGAUAGUGGAAUUGCUUUUGACAGUGAUAUGGAUCUUGCUAAUGAAACAGAUGCUAGUAGUUACAAGGAGGAAGAUUUUCAUUUGGAAGAAACUCCAAGGUAUCGAAAUAAUAGGUACAAAACAAUGAUAAACAACUGUAGAGAAGACAAUAAAAAUUUCAGCUCCAGUGAUUCUAGCGAAGAUGGAAAAACACCUACACAAUCACCAGGAAUGGUUACCAAAUUUCAAACUGCGAUGAUGACGAAAAGUGAUAUAGCGAAUCAAAAUUUAACUAGAAAACUUGAUGAUAAUGAGCUUAAUUGUUCCAGUUUGGAUACCUUAAAAGGUUACGAUUUUUAUAGUAAGAGUUUAGAUGAGUCAAAAUUAGAUAAAAUAAGUAAUAAAAAUGAUAACGGAAUUAAAGAAUUGAAUAAAAGAACUACGUACUACAGCGAUGGUAGUUAUAGUUUUAAAAGAAAUAUUGAUCCCCGAAAUUCAUAUGUAAUCAACAAUGAUACAAAUCUUUUAGAACUUAGUAUGACGAUUUCAGAUUGUGAAAAUACAGAACCACCAUAUGGUAUUUUGAAUACUAUCAAUGUGCCCGAUGCCAGUAUUUUAUCAUCUUCUAGCUCUGAAGCUAUAGUGCAACGUAGGCAACGCAAAAAGAAACGCGGGGAAAGUAAAAAACGCGUCAGUUUUCAUGAAGAUAUUUUAAAAACGAUGAAAUUGGAUGAUGAUGAGAAUUACGCUGAUUUUUCUAUGAGCUUUUUAACACCUAAUUCGGUUCAGAAAAAAGAUGUGCAGAAAGGAAGAUAUAGUUGGUGCGCUCAUGGAGAUUCUCCGUAUGUUCAAAGAAAUGUUAAUCCCAGAAAUGCACAUUCGGAUUAUUAUUCUUAUUCUUCAUCAUCGAGUGUGUUUGAUAGUGAUUGUGAAAAGAAAGGAUUAUCAAAGAGUUGCGAACAGGUUCCAUGUCAAACUAAUUGCAAGUGUGCUUGUGGAUUGUCACUUUCAGAGAGAGGCGCGCCAGAAGGCCAAGAAGAUCCUGGUAAAGCGUUCAGACCAAAAAUGGAAAUCGAAUUAGAAGAAAAUGAAGCACAAGAGGCAUACAUUAUUGAAAAAGAAUAUGGAAAUAUUGUAGAAGAUCCUCCAACGAAAGUUCAAAUGCCUUGUCCAUCUAAUUCGAAAAAAUCUAAUUCUAGCGAUUGGUCGGACGUUGAUAAUACUACCACAUCGGAUAUGGAGGAACGUAGAAGUAACAGACAUUUAGCUUCACCAUCAAAAAAACGUAACAUGACAUCAAUACUAACAGGAGAAAAUAGCAACAAAUUAUUAGCACCUCCACCUUUAAGACAAGCCCCGUCUAAAACAUCGUUACUAAGCAGAUUUCUGAAAUCUAUUACAGAGAGAAAAUUCGAGGUUAAAAGAAAUAAAAAAUCACAAAAAACGAAUCCUUUGUACAUCAAAGGUGUUAAAACGAGUUAUGAUUCUUUUAAAGAAUUUAAUGAUAACCUAGAUCGAGAAAUACAAGAGAAUGUGGCGGCAGGGAAACAAGAAUUUAGUGGAGAAAAAGUUAGCUUAAAAUUACGAGAACUUUUUAAGAAACAUAUUUAUAGAGAUAAAACGGAAGAAUUAUAUAAAGUAUAUAAAGUUAGGAGUUCGUACAUGACAAAUGGGGAAAGUAAACCAAUGAUUGCUUUAUUAACAGAUAAAACGUUAUAUUUAACAGGUUUGAAACCAGACCAUACAUAUAGUAAUCAAUUCGUUAUUCCUUAUAACGAAUUAGAUGUUAUUAUGGUUGGACCAAAUGCACAAACAAUAUUAUUGUCAAAUGCAGAUUACGAAAUGCAGUAUUUAUUUUCUACGGGAAGUUCUCAAACAACUUCAGAGUUAAUUGCUCACUUGGAGAUGGCUAUAAGAAGAUCUCCAAUAAAACCAAAACUUCCAGCAGUUAAAGUAUUGAGCUACGAAGACAUGCAUAUUUUAAGGCAUUCUGUCCUAUGUGAUACUGCUGUCCAUCCUGAUGAAAAAAUUGAACACUAUAAUCUCAUUUAUAUGGAAGAUGAUCAUAUGUCACCACCUAGUACACCAUGUGGUCCAACAAAAGAAGGCGAUCUUAUGUACAGACCACAUACGUAUCAACAACUUCAUCCUAAUGCUCCAACCAAUCCAUGGGAAGCUGGAUACUUUGUUCUCAAAGGUGGAGUUGUUUACAUGUUUACGGAUGUAAGUCAGCGAUUACCGAAACGAGCAAUUCCAUUGAAAGGUGGACUUUGUCAAGGAUGUCGAAGAAUUCCCAAUUCUCAUCGGCCUCAUACGUUUGAGAUACUUUUAAAGCCGAAUAAAGCAUUUCAAUUUGCUGCUCCCGACGAAUACGCUGCAUCCGAAUGGUUACAAAGCUUUGUUCAAAGUGCUUCUGGAUUGUUCGAUAUUACGGAAAAAAGAAAACCUUUGCCAUGUAGUCUUAUUACAACUACUAAACAUUUAGUAGCUAUGAAAGAAGUAUUUCCUGGUAAACAACGUGGACAAACACUUUCUUGUGCUUCUGUAGAAGAUCUCACAGCCUUCAGAGUACCUUUAACUCAACAAUCUUGGUGUAUACUGGAAUUUGCAUGUCGAGAAGUACAUGAAAGUAGUGGCGAUUGGGUUAUAUAUUUCACAAAUUACACAGAAUUAUGUACCUUUAGAGAAAUUUUAGAAACAUUAUGGGCUGAUGCAAGUUUGGGUGAAUUUCCUAUGGUGACGCUUCCGCCAGAAGAUAAGCUUCAUCGACGUUGCUCAGAUGCCAGUAAAGAACUAGAGCUUGCAUGGCGAUAUUUAUUACCUACAGUAAUCGAUUAAACAAUAAGGCGUACCAGUAGACAAUAGCUAUUGCAUCGUCAUAUCUAGUAGUAGAAAUUAUGAAACAUAAAUAUUUGAAUGAAUCAAUUCAUAUAUUAAAGCGAUUUGAUAAAAUCAGAUAUAUUAUAAACAAAUAAUUACUCAAAAUUAAUAUUUUAUGUUUCUCAACUAACGAGGAGUGGUGAAUGCAAAAGAUCAUAUAAAUUAUAAAUAUUUAGUGAUACGUAAUUAUUGAUGUGUUAAUUUAAUAAAAUGGUGCAAUAUGUUUUUAAUAGCGUAAACUAUAAUAUAUAUAUAUAUAUAUAUAUAUAAUAUGAAUAACUAAUAAUUAACACACGACUGUAAUAUAAUAAUGAGUGCGUAAAAUUACUGUGUCAGUUACAUGAAUGUCUAUAUAAUCACAUUUAUUAUGAGAAUUAAUUUGCAUUUGACAGUGCACUAUAGAUACCAAAUGAUUUUAAAAAUAAUACCAAUACAAUGGCAGUAAGGCGUAGUGCAGCUUCUAUAAUGAAAGAUUAGUCUAUAAAUUGCUUUUGAAGUAAGUGUAUAACGUAUAAUUAACAUUCCUAUUAAUAAUACUGAUAAUAAUCGUAAUUAUAAUAUAUAACGCAGCUUUUUAAUUUUAUUUUUGAUAUUUUUUCUUUAUAUAUGUAUUUAUAUCUUUUACUAUCUUAAAAUUGUUGUUUUGAUUAAAAUUCGAAUUAUUAUGCCGUUAAAUUUAAAAAUUAUUGUUAUUUGCAAGGUGCUUUUAUUUAAUAACUCGAUAUUUGCAGAAGAUAAAUAGCGAGAAAAAGUUAUAAUGAAAUAGUUUUUUUUAUAUAUCAUUAAUGCAUUUUGAAAUAGAAGAAAUGUUUUGUAUAACAAUGAAGUUUCUUCUAAUAUGAAAAUUAAUAUACUAUUUUCUAAUUUUUUCUAUAAUGAACAAGUUAUUUAUCUUACCAAGAACAACGUGAAUCGAUGCUGUAAAUCAUUGUGAAUAAAAUUCUAAUUCUAUGUGCAUUGUUGUGAUAAAAUAUUAAAUUAAAAAGACUUAUUAAUAUACGCAACUGUAAUAUGAAAUUUGCGUACAUGAUAUAAAAUUGGAACAUAAUCAACAUAUAUUAGUUUCUAGUUUAUUUAGAGGAAAAUGAUGUUAUAAAUCUUACAUGCUUCGAUUAAGCAUGUAAGCAUGUCAAGUAUUCCUAAAUGUUACAGUCAUGGAAUUUUUGCACAAUGUCACCACCGUGAUCUUUAAAUGAUCUUUAAAGUUACAAACGAAAGAUAAGUAGAAAUAAAAUUGUAACUAGUCAACAAAAUAAAAGUAAAACCUUGUCUUAUUC